AUGCAAGUCCUGGCCCGAUGGCUUGCCGUGGUGGUCAUUCUGGAUGUGGCAAUGUGCGAACCGUUUGAAUCGAUUGAAGAAAGCGAAGAGACUACGCUUCCGGCGACCACGAAAAGGCCGCACAUUUCGCUGUGGAAGCCGAAGAAGAAUUACGGACUUGACGAGUGUUUUGGGCGAUUUGCUUACUGUCGGGAAUCGAAGAUCUGCGACAGCGGUCAGAUGUGCGUGCACAGGAGCGGAUACUGUUGUAGUCCAUGGAGCAAGAAUUCGCAGCUCGUUUCGGCCUGUCCGGCACCGAUGUUGAUGAACGUUACUUGCCGAGCUACGGCACCAGUUACAUGGUGUCGUGAGGAUAAGCAUUGUCACUCGGCUCCGGUGCGGAUGUGCUGCCCGACAUUAUGUGGAUAUAAUAUAUGCAUU